CAAAAAUUAGCGUAACAAACCAGAGCGCUCGGUACGGGCUUUUAUGGUGGUGGGUGGUUCAGAUGGUAGAGAAACCUUGGUAUCUAUAAUGAUAUUUCUUUCUUGAUUCAUCUCUAUUCAUUAUAGUAGUGUUAGUAUCUGCUAAAAUAUGCAUUAAUCACCGUUGGGAACUAUCUUAUUAGUCUCAUGUUAACAGUAUAGCGUAGAGCUGGUAAAUAUGUGUACAUUUUUAUUCUUAAUUACAAUAAUUUUAACGUGGAUCAAGGGAGAAGUAAUAGCUCCAAGGAUCACUGCAUUUGAUUGUCAUUAUUAGGAUGAGCUUGCACCAAAUCAUAAUGUCGUGUUGGUAUUCCCAAUCUCCCAAAUUUGGGAAGAUUCCCAAAGUCAAAUGACUUUCACCAAGGUUUAAGGAAAAUUUUGUGUAAUUAUUGUUAAGUUCCCUCAGAUCUGAGGGAAUUUCGGGGUUUCGGUGUCAUUUCUCAAAAAUUUUCUAUAGUGGCUUACCCAAAAAGGGCCAAAUUUUCCCCCAAAAUUGGGAGAUUGGGUUAUUCUUGUAUAUGCUGGGGUUGUAUACUAGUUUUCCAGGCUAGACUAUAAUUUAUGACCAAUCAGGUAUAAAAUAACGAGUGUUGAAUUUAGGCUCAAGAUUCACUCAUCCAUUUGGCUCGAUAGAGCCUUAGCAUUAUUACUGAUGUCAGUUCGUGAUGAAAACCCUAAAUCUAGUCCUAACCUUAACCAUCAAUUGUAAAUCAUAAUUCUAAUCCCUCACACUGGUUUAUAACCCUCAUUUAGUCCUAGUUAGUAGGUGGACUUUUUCAAGGUAACUAAGUUCACUCAAAGGUAGUCCAUAACUUAUGGUUCUACCCAAGACUUUUGAAUGUGCCAAGUGUCCAAACACUGUAUUGAUACUUUGUACUUACCAAUAGGCUUUAUAAAUCUGGUAGUGGACCCAGGUAACGUAGUUAACUCUAUAAAAACAAAUGCUAUUGGUCAUAAAAUCUGUUCUGCUUAUCUCAGGCCCUACAGUUUCAAGAUUACUAAUGUCACAAGCCACCCGAGUGAUUGCUUCUUCGUAAUGAUCCACAUAGUAUGAAGAGAGUCGGUGGUAGCUGAACAAAGGUGUGAUACCAAUUCAUAAUGUUGAAAACCUCAGACUUUGUGAACACCACAAUCACUGGCUUUAUAACCUUCAUCUUCUGUUUCCCAAAUUGAGAUGACGUUGUUCCACUGCCCUGUGGAUCAGACCUUCCGGUCAAUGGCUCGGGGUGUGGCCCCUGAGAAAACGACCUGCUCCGGUUUGGGCACCUAAGUAGUACCCCAGCCCUCACAGAAAUCGAAUGACUUAUGUGGCGCAUAUCUAUUUGGUGCCUCCUAACAAUGUUUGUUUAAAUUAAAUAACAAGAAAUAAUAAUAUUUCCUCACAUCAUCCGUAUAUUACCUUACCUCAUUCUUCGUCACUUCCCUGACUAUAAAUUAGGCAGCGAAUAUUCGAUUAUCAGGAGCGUUAAUAGGCAUAUACAAAUUUGUCACUUUACCCAACUUCUAACAAUACUAACGACCACCCUUGAAUAGACCCUAGUCUGAUAUAUAGAGAAUUAGAAUUUGCUUUUGCUGUUUUAUUCUCCAUGACGUUACUAAGUCCUGCCACUUGGACUAAUAUAUUUCUGUGUAAGUUCACAUUUUUAUACCUGCUGUGGAACAUUUUGAUCAGGGUUUUCAGGAAGCCACUAAUAGACUCACCUUUCUGUUUGCGAAUUCCCUAAAUGAUAUUUAAUUUGUUCCUGUUAGUGCCCGGAUGGAAAAACUCUUAAGGUUGUUUUUACUUCGAAAAAGAGUUUUGAUCUUCAGGUUUCGUGGUUUCUGUACUAGGUUUGUGAAAUUUGACGUCUAAAAAACGAACGUUUUCUGAAAUACACCAUGUUAAAUCGAUAGAUGUCAGGAACUUGCCAGGAGCCUUGUAAAGCAUAGUGUCUUCAAGUAGGAAACUUUUAUUUUCACGCCGCUUUGGAAGCUUAGUCCGUACUUUCAAUUAUAUGUCCCGUCUUUCCAAAGAAUGAACUCGGACUCAUUAAGUAUACAUAAAUAUGUAACUUCUAAUCACUCUUGUUUGCUGUAUUAUAAGGUUGAACAAAUGCUCGAUUCUCCUUCGUCUACUGGGGGAAAUUUAUCGUCCAUAGAGGCUUUAAAUGUAAAAGAAGUAGUUCCUGAAAGCAAUGUGAAGAAGUCGAUCUUACCACUUGAUCUUGUCGACAGUGAAUUAAGUGAUGAGUGUGAUAACAAUGUUGAUUCUCCACCUUCAAAUCAAAUACAUUCGUUGGAUGAAAAUAAUGAGUUAUGGACUAUUAAAGAUGAUAUUGAAGAAACAAAAGAAAAAGUUGGUCGCUGGACACUCAGCUCUGGUGCAGCUAAAAAGGUAUCUAAAAGUAAAUCUGGCAGGCGCAAUAUAAGUCAUUCUAAACCAACUAACAUAGAAGAAGAAAGACUUCAAAUCCAUAGUGAAUCACAACGACUUGUACGAGAAGCUGAUGUACAUUUACCAGUCCACAGACCUAAACAAUUUAAAUGUUUCAGUGAGUUUCGUCAGUCUCUAAAAGGUUGCAAGUCAAAUGAAACCGAAAGUUGUGAAACCUCAUCUCAGAAUAAAUUACUUUCCGAUUGUAACUCUCAUCUUCCACCAAUUCCAGGACAAUCUACCCAAAAUGAAGAGACUGAAAAUAAAAUGGAUACCAAACCAUUCGUCUCACAAUGUUGUUCAGCCGACUAUCCUGUCGACAUUGAUUGCACCACUUUGGAACCACCAUCAAUGUCAUCUGAUGCCAAACCAUCACUCGAUGUUACAAGCGAACCAGAUGUAAUAACCAGUCUGUUACCUCGCCUUGCUGCGAGGAAAUUGAAAAAUGAUGAAAGUGAAGAAUUUUUCAUAGAUUUAGGUGAAUCAAUCCCUACUUCAAUGUCAUCUGUAACUCCUAGUCAAUUAUUAGCUCGUUUAAAAUCUCAUCUUCACGUGUCUCAUGAAAAAGUUGUACGUGGACCCAUCCAAUAUUCAAUCAUAACAAAGGUACAAAGCACUGACGCUGAACGUGAAGAACUGCAGGUAGAAACAGUUACACAUGAACCAUCCAAAGGAUUAUCAACAACUAUGUCAGUUAGUAGAAAACAUUGGUUGGAACACAGAAAAGUCCUCGAAGAAAAAAUGCGUCAAAAACGACUAGAGCAGUAUGAAAUGCGGUUAAAGGAAGAGGGUACAUGUCCAAAGUCAACAAAUGAAAAUACUGGGGAAGUAUCCAAUAGUGACGAAGAAUGGUCAGAAGGAGAUGCAAAUGACAGUGAAAUAUCCGAUGGAAACUCAACUACCGAGGAAGAAAAUAGUAGUGAUGGUGAAAGCGAAGAAGAAGAAGAAGAAGGAAGUGAGUCACUUGACGACGAUGAGGAAGAUGACAAUGUAGUGGUCGGUAGCAAAAAGGCUUCAAGACAGCGUCCUUGUCUCUUUGCUGAUGAUGAAGCAGAAGAAAGUGAAAAUGACGAAGUAUUUUCAGACGCCAAUGAUCUUGAAGAUGAAGAGGUUCUAACAUGUAAAGAUUCUGCGGGUGUAAAACAAAACAAAUCUUGCAGUAAAACUAUUAGUGUCAAUAAUCUAAACAUAGAUUUUGCAAAAAAUAUUGUCAGGUCUCACACCCCUCAGAAACAACAUCUGCAGUUGGAUGAUUUCACAGAUCUACCACAGGAAAGCUCAGGGUUUAAACUUUUUUCAUCUUGCAAUAAUGGUUACAGUUUAAGUCUUCCACAAAGACAUCAUGGAACUCUAGGUCCUGCUGAUAUAGACCUUUUCGCAUCUGAAUGUUCUAGUAUUCUAGACAGAACUAUGAAUCCUCAGUCUAUAUUGGCCUCUACUCGUUUAGAUGGAACUACCAUCGGUGACGAAAACAAGUCUCGAUUUACCCGUAAUUCAUCUUCUCAUAGUCAAUGGAAUAAUACACCUUAUGAAUUACUGUAUUCUCAAAAGCCAAACAGUCAAUUGCUAGCUUCCAGAUCAGAGUCUGUCACUCAAGAGUCCACUGAUGACAAUCAUAUAAUGACGUCUAACCCUCAUAAUAUAUCAUCUCAGGACACGGUCUUAUUAUCUCAAGAACCAACUCAACUAACAUCUCAGCUAGAUCCUACGAUUAUAAUAUCUGAGGAAACGAAUUCAAGUCUUCAAUCACAAGUUCUCCACGAAAACCGUCGUCAUCUAUUCGGUGAAUCAGUGAGUGACCAGUCAGGAUUGUUUGUGGACAUCCUUACAAAGUCAAGUGUCGAAAACAGCAAUGCUGAUUCUCAGGUUCACCAUGAAAAUCGUCACAAUCUCUUCGGUGGAUCGAUGUGUGACAAAUCUCAAGUAGUUGUGGAUCCGGUCACAACUAAAUCCUUUGAUGAGAAUGGUGAUAUAGAUUCUCAGGUUCUCCAUAACGAUCGUUGUAAUCUUUUUGGAGGAUCAAUCAAUAACCAAUCACAAGAACUUAUCGAUGAGACUACAAAAUCAAUCACAGAUUCCCUAACUAAUCACGAUAAUCAUCGUAUUUUGUUUGGAGGAUCAAUAGGUACUCAAUCGCAAGCUUUCAUGGGUUUGGCUGAUGAUAAUGAUCUGGAUUCCCAGAUUCGACAUGAAAAGCAUGGUAAUCUAUUCAGCGGAUCAAUAUGUGUCCCGUUACAAGAAUCAACAAAUGAAGUGAAAAACUCAAUUAUCAAUAGUAAUAAUUCAGAUUCUCAUGAAAACUGUCGUAAUCCAUUUGGCGAGUCUACAUGUGACCAAUCACAAGGCUUUGUCAAUGAAAGUGUAAAGUCAGCUGUAAAUAAUCAUGAUGAUCCAGACUUUCAGGAAUCUGAGCACCCUAUUUCUGUGUUUACGACUCAAAAUUCAUCUCGUCGACGAAUUUUAGUUUUUGAUGAAGAUGAUGAAGAAGAAGAAGGGAAUGAAGAAAAGAAGGAUAAUAGCUGUAUUGAACCAGCUUCACUCAUACGGAAUAAUCCUUUUAAGUCCACAUCAGAAUCUAAUUUUACUGGUGACAAUUUACCAGAAGUACUCCAUACAGAUGAUAAUGUGGAAUUAGAGGAUAAGAGCUCAAGUGUUGAUGAAUCAGAUGAUCAUACUAUUGAAGCAGGAGAUGAUGAAGAAAAUAUUGAUCCUGAUGAUAUAACUGACGAAGAUAAUCGCAGUGAUGAUGACGAGUCCUCGGAAAGAGAUGAAGAGGAAGAAAAAGACAAUUAUCUUGAUGAUGAAGAGGAAGUUCAGCGUCUAACUAUACAGUCGAAUGAAACUAAAAAAAAGAAAAAAUUUCGUAUAAACGACUUUGUGGAUGAAGAAGCCGAAUUGUCUGGUGAUGAAAAUGAACGAGCAUAUUUCAUGGACGAUGAAGAUGAAUUAGAUCCCAAUGAUGAUGCUAAUGAAGAAUUCGCUGACUUAAUUGACGAAGAUGAUUCAGAUAUUCCAUCAGCUGGUCGUUUAAGACGUCAAAUUGAACGUGUACACCACCGCCUUCAAACUGAUCAAGAUCUACGUGAAAUACGUUAUCUAAAGGAACUUUAUUUUGAAGACGGUGAUUUACAUGCUGAAAAUGGACGAGUUCGUCAGAGACGUUUUCGUUGGCGCGGUUUAGAUAAUGAUGAUCCAUUUGAUGAUCAAAUAAACAUGGAUAAUAGUGGUGGUGAUGAUGAUAAUUCAAGUGAAGAUGAAAAUCAUGGUAUACCUUUUGGUCCUAUAGACAAUUGGUUACGUCGUGGUCCAAUGAAAUCCUCGAAUGAUGAAAAUAAUCAAUCCAUUGAAAAUGAUUAUUUAGAUUCUGACACAAUACAUUCAUCAUCUAAUAAACAAACAAAUGAUAAAGAUCCUAAUGAUUCAGUAUUAGAAUCUGAUGAAGAAAUGGAAAAUUCGAAAAUAGUAACUGACGACUUAUCAAAUGGUGUUUUAUCUUUAGGAAAAAAGGCUUUACUAAAAUCUCAAACGAAGUUGAAAACUCAAAUAGUUGUACGUAAUAAGUUACCAGUCAAUCGUGGAAAGACCAUCAAACCAUCGUCUACGCUUAGAAGCCCAUUGAUCUCUAAUUAUUUCUUGCAACCCAAACCUCAUAAUCUACCUAUUAAUGAAGGUGUUACUAAUGAUGCAGAUAAUAAUAGUAAAGUUGACAAUGUUAUCAUUUCUAAUAAUAAUAAUGAUAAACCAAUUGCUCCUGUAAAAUUUAAUGUUAACAAUACUGGUAGUGAUGUAAGAUUUCAAAUGAUCAGACGUGGUUCUCUAUUGAGUCGUUUUGCUGGGGGCCUUGUUCCUGGUUGUAAAUCUGAAACUACCCAGAUUCAUUCAAAUGUUAACGAUGGUUUCGAUGUCGGUACGUCAAAAAGUGAAAGUCGUCGCGACCAAACACAUCUAGAUUUACGGAGCAAGGUCGGUCUAUCGUGCUUUAGUGUUAUGACGGCUCAAAUUAAACCAGAAAAAAUCGACCCAUUUGAUGAUAACGGUGCAUCUAACCAGAAUUCUCUAAGAUCCCGUAAUUUCGCCAUUAAGCAAAAACGACCAGUUGAUGUGAUUAAACCUAAUUCUGUUUUGUUAAGUCCUCCAAGUUUGAAACGCCAUCGAUCUACUAGUGUGUUUACUGCUCUUCUGUGAAUAAUCUUCUACUCUGUUUUGUUCAGUCAACUGUAAAGAUUUAUUUGAAAAAGCCUUUCAUGUUUUAUAUAUUCCUUUGCUGUAGUUAAUAAAUUCAUGUACUAUAAGCUUUGUUUAAAUCAGUGUUAUCUUUCUGUAUAUUGAGAACACUAAAAUGUGUUAUGUUUUU